AUGGGUUCUCUUCCUCAUGUAGUAGAAGAUUGCUUAGGCAUCGUUCAAGUUUACAGUGACGGAUCCAUUUUCCGAUUAAGCGAUGACCAAAUCAACUUCCAUAACAUUACCGUCAAAGACGAUGGAUCAGUCGUAUGGAAAGACAUCAUUUAUAACGAUCGAAACAAAGAUGGAAAAGAGAAUCUAUAUCUCCGUCUUUACAAGCCAAUUACAUCAAAAUGCAUCACAAACAAACAACAGCUACCAAUCAUUUACUUCUUUCACGGUGGAGGUUUCUGUGUAGGUUCACGUACGUGGCCUAAUUGCCAUAACUGUUGCCUACGUCUCUCAUCUGAGCUCGAAGCACUUGUUAUCGCUCCUGACUAUAGGCUGGCACCUGAGUAUCGCCUUCCUGCAGCCAUGGAUGACGCGUUUGCAUCCAUUAAGUGGCUGCAGCAUCAGGCGUUGUCAAAUAAGAUUACUUAUGAUGCCGAUGAUGAUUCAUGGAUAAAUCAUGAUUAUGAUAGGGUUUAUGUGAUUGGAGACUCGUCUGGUGGGAACAUCGCGCAUCAUUUGGCGUUGAGGUUUGGUGUUGGUUCGCCUGACCUUGCACCGGUUAGAGUACGUGGUUAUGUUCUAAUGGCACCAUUUUUUGGAGGAAGUCUAAGGACUAAGUCUGAAGAAGAGGGACCUGAUGAACCUUUUUUGAAUAUGCAAAUUCUUGACAGGUACGUAUACCUAAUACAUAUACUCCUUAAUCCUUAA